AUGCUCGAGCUCCUCGCGCGUCCAGCCGUGGCUGCACCGGCACUGCUCCUGGUCGGAUACAUCAUCUACCACGCGGUCAGGUCACCCAGGCUUCCAGAUCUGCCCAUCGUGGGCGCCAAAGAAGGGGACUGGUUCCCCAUGCUGCAGGCGAGAUGGAGAAACAUUGUGGACUUUGAGAGGGGGCUCAGCGAGGGCUACCAAAAGUACAAGGGCCGGCCGGUCAUCGUGCCGGCGUCGCACCGGACCAGCGUCAUGCUCCCGCUGGCCGAGGUGGACUGGUACCUGAGCCAGCCCGACGACGUGCUCAGCUUCCACCUCGCGGCGCACGAGACGCUGCAGCUGGACCACACGACGCUGGACCGCCGCCUGGCCCACGACACGGCCAACAACCGCGUCGUGACCGUGACGCUCAACGGCCAGCUCGGCAACCUGGUGCCCGACAUACUGGACGAGGUCCGGUACGGCUUCGAGCGGUGCUGGGGCGGCCGGCCGGGCGAGGCCAGAGAGGUGAAGCUGUACGAGACCAUGACGCGCAUCAUCGCCGGCGUCACGGCCCGCGUCAUCCUGGGCACCGCCUUUAGCCGCGACGAGGACUUUCUCGAGCUCAGCACCGCCUGCGCCCAGGACCUGCCCGUGUCGGCGCAGAUGCUCAUGUUUGUCUGGAAGCCCCUGCGACCGCUCGUGGCGCCCUUGGUCACGCUGGCCGCCAAGACGCGCCUGCGCCGCUACAGGCGUGCCAUCGCGCCCGAGGUGCACCGCCGGCUGGCGGCCUGGGACGCGCGAGCCCGAGACGCCGAGGGCGGCGGCGGCGACGGCAACGAGCCAAACGACUUUUUGCAGUGGACGAUCCGCCACGCCAAGCAGAGCGGCGACCCGACCAUGUGGGAGCUGGACAUGCUGGUGGGCCGCACGCUCAUGCUCAACUUUGCCGCCAUCCACACCUCGUCGCUGACGCAGACGGCGGCGGUGCUGGAGCUGGCGGCCAGCGACGCGUGCGUGGCGGCCGAGCUGCGCGCCGAGGUCAGCGCCGUGGUGGCCGAGCACGGCUGGACCAAGCGCUCCCUGGCGCGCAUGGAGAAGCUCGACUCGGUGCUGCGCGAGAGCGCGCGCCUCAACUCGGUCGUCACGCUGGGCAUGGAGCGCAAGGUGGUGGCGGCGGGCGGCGUCACCACGCCGUCGGGCCUGCACGUGCCGCGCGGCGGGGUGGUGUGCCUGCCCGCGUACGGCGUGCUGCACGACGACGCCGUCUACCCGGACGCGGAGGAGUUUAGGUCGUUUCGCUUCUCGGACGCGAGGGUCGACGACGGCCGCGGCGCCGCGUCGUACGUCGAGCGCGCCCGCAACGCCUUCCCCACCACCAAGCCCGAGUUUUUGGCGUUUGGGCACGGGCGCCACGCCUGUCCGGGCAGGUUCUUUGCGGCGCUCGAGCUGAAGAUGAUCUUGGCGUACAUUGUGCUGAAUUACGACAUAUCGCCGCGGGAAAAGACGCCGGGUAUGUGGCUUGGGGUGAAUAGGGUGCCGGAUCUGAAUGCCAAGAUAUGCAUUCGGAGAAGGGAAAAGUCGUGA